GUUCUUCGGUGGGGUUUCCUGCCCUCCCGUCCUUGCAGCCCUCCAGUCAGCUGCCAUCCGCGGGCUGGAGUUGGCGGCUCUGCGCCAGGUGGUGAUCUCGACGGUGCAGAGCUGCCCUCCUGUGUCGCUGGCAUGCCCGCGGGCGAACAUUUCCUGCCCCGCGCCCUUCUGCCCAGCGUCCGUGUGCACGGCGCCGCUGGUCAACGUGAGCUGCCCUCCCUGCGAGGGCGUGGCGGGCCUCGCGGUGAGGCGAGCAUGGACCGAGGAAAAGGUGUCCUUCGGCAUCCUCGGCGCGGUCGCAGGCGCGGUGGCCACCUCAGCUGCUCACAGUCAGAGGCGUGGCUCGUCGGAGGUGGAGUCGGUCGAGGCGCGUGCGAGGCAGCAGGUGGCUCUGUUGGGGCUCCGCAGUGGCGCGGCCAGUGUGGCCUUCCCUGCGCUCGUCUCGACGCUGACGGCCGACGGAGAUCAUCACGCUGAGAGCACUCGCUGUGAUGAUGUGGCGGAGCUGCGCUGGUCACGGACUCAGGGCUCUACCCCGCCUGGCGUCGACCCCGUGCAGGUGCACCGUUUCAGGCAGUUGCCGACCGCGGCCGAGCUCGAGCAGCUCCAGCGCGAUUGCGCCUUGAUGGUGGGCGGAGUCAUGCCAGCCGCUGCGGGAGCUGCAGGAGAGGCGGGCGUGGUGGCCCGCGCGGGUGCCCAUGCCGCCGCCCCGGUGGUCGCGCACUCGGUCUGGCUCGCCACGGAGACUUUCGCGGGCUCAGGUGGUCUCGCGACGGCCAGGCUGGUGCUCGCUGGCGAGAUCGAUGCGUUCGUGAUCAACGGUCUCCGCGCGCUCCCAGCGAAGUUCAGCCAGGUGAUGUGCAGGGUGAUCGAGUCCAUGGUCGGCGUGGACCUGCUCGACGCCCCCGCGCUGCAGAUAGCCGAGCUCCUCUGCCGCCGCCUGCAGGUGAUCGAGGGCGCCCGCGCGGUCUUGCCCUCGGCGCCAGACUACUCGGCGGCGGACGAGUACAUGGGCUGGGCGGCCCAUCGCGGGGCAGCAGCGGUGGCGCCUCAGCUGCAGAAGCACGCGGCGGCCAACCUUCGCGACGAGGCCGCGGUGCUCAAGGAGGCUAGGAAGGUGAAGGAGGAGCAGAAGCUGCGCCGCGGCCCCAAGGGCGGCGGCGGCAAGG